CGAUGUCCUGAGAGCCCAUAUCUGUUUAUUGUUGUCAUCCAAAACUUUACACAUUUCCAGGGAAUAUACAGUAGAUACAUUUAAUGAAAAUCAAACAUUAAAGGUUUGACAUAAUAACAUGAACACAGUAAUGCAACCAAUAGCAAAUAACACCCUACUAUCCGUACUUUCAAUAGUGUGUAUGAAUGUGCAUUGUUAUGCUAAAACUAUGGACUUCAAAACAUACUCAAUUUACUGUAAUAUGUAAAUAAUCUAUAAUGAAUAUGCAAGGGUCUCUCAUUCAAAGUUUCCUGCUGUCACAAUUUAACAAGCCAAUAUGUUUUAUGUUUGUUUACAGAUUGUAAGUUCAACAAUGUCCCUCCACAUUUAUGUCAAUGAAUGUGUUUACAUGCUUAUGUAUCCUGGUUACAAUUAAGUUUUUGUAGUAUCCCGGUUUUGAGAAACCUACUACUACUUACAGGAAAUCUGAAUAAAAACACUCAGUCAAUGAUUGAUUAUAAGGACGUGAUUUCAUGAACGUUUAUUUAGGUACAGUGUUGCAAUCCUUAUACAAAACUGGAUACUGUGGCAUAUAAACAUCUUAUCCAUGUUUCUGAACAUUCUCUGUUGCUACAGAACAUAUUGGCUUAACUAUUGUUAUUCUACACAUAAUAAGUUUGGAUUUAUUGUUUAGACUACAUUAAUUUUAAGUGUCAUUUGAGUUUUUUUUGAAUAAACAAAAUAAAACCUUGAAAGAAAAAACUCUCAGUGCACUGAAUGACUAAUCAGGAAUAAUUAGGGAUUAAUUGCCCAUUUAUUUGAUUGGAUAUUGGACUGCAAAAUAGAGUUUUGGUUCUACAUUGAUUUCUUCAUUGUGAUUUCUAAGAAUUGGGGAGUGUUUAUGUAGCCAUACAGUGUUGCAAUCGUUAUUUAUCCAUUGCUCAAUCCGUCCUUGUGCUCCCAACAUGCAGCAUAUUGUGAUGCCUCGCAGACUCCUCAGACUCCUCCCUCCUCCUCCCUUCGGUUUCUCUCAUCCUCUCCCUCCCUCCCGGUCCUCUAUGCUCAGUUCGGUGUGUGUAUCCUCUUUCAAAGGGCGCAAGGGUGGGAACAAGUCGUCCAACAAAGCAUGUUACAGUGCAGACAUGACUUGUCCGUCGGAAAGCGAGAAAAUCGUGAUAAACUGCGGGGGGGUGCGGCAUGAGACCUACCGGAGCACCCUAAAAACGUUGCCCGGCACCCGCUUGUCGUGGCUCACCGAGCCGGACGCGUUCAACAACUUCGACUACGACCCCAAAUUAGACGAGUUCUUCUUCGACCGCCACCCGUCAGUGUUUUCCUUCAUCCUCAACUAUUACCGCACCGGGAAGUUGCACUGUCCCAACGAUGUGUGCGGCCCCCUUUUCGAAGAGGAACUGGCCUUCUGGGGCAUCGACGAGACGGACGUGGAGGCGUGUUGCUGGAUGAAUUACCGGCAGCACCGGGAUGCAGAGGAGGCGCUGGACAGCUUCGAGAAUCCAGAACCGGACGCGCCGGACGAAGACACGGCCCUGGGCGGUGCGGAUGGGGACUUGAAAAGACUGUGCAUGCAGGAGGACGCGAGGAAAUCUGGCUGGUGGAAAACCUGGCAGCCCAAAAUAUGGGCACUGUUUGAAGACCCGUAUUCCUCCAAAUAUGCCCGGUAUGUGGCAUUUGGCUCCCUAUUCUUCAUCCUCAUCUCCAUCUCCACUUUCUGCAUGGAGACGCAUGAGGCCUUCAACACCAUCCUCAACAAGACAGAGAUCGUCACGGUGGGCAACGUGACUCAUGAGGAGAUUGUAUACGAGGUGGUGACUGACAGCUGGUUGACGUAUGUGGAAGGUGUGUGCGUCAUCUGGUUCACCAUCGAGGUCCUGCUGCGAGUCACCUUCUGCCCAGACAAGUUGGAAUUCUUCAAAAGCACCCUCAACAUCAUCGACUUUGUCGCCAUCCUGCCCUUCUAUCUGGAGGUGGGCCUGAGUGGUCUGUCCUCCAAAGCUGCCAAGGAUGUCCUGGGGUUCCUCCGUGUUGUCCGAUUUGUCCGUAUCCUCCGAAUCUUCAAGCUGACCCGCCACUUUGUGGGUCUCCGUGUCCUUGGCCACACCCUUCGUGCCAGCACCAAUGAAUUCCUCCUGCUCAUCAUCUUCUUAGCCCUUGGUGUCCUCAUCUUUGCCACUAUGAUCUACUAUGCUGAGCGAAUUGGUGCCGAUCCAGAUGAUCCAACAGCCAGUGCCCACACCAACUUCAAGAACAUUCCCAUAGGAUUUUGGUGGGCCGUUGUGACCAUGACCACGCUGGGCUAUGGAGAUAUGUACCCGGAGACGUGGUCAGGGAUGCUGGUGGGUGCGCUGUGUGCCUUGGCUGGUGUGCUGACCAUUGCUAUGCCUGUACCUGUAAUUGUCAACAACUUCGGCAUGUACUACUCUCUGGCCAUGGCCAAACAAAAGCUGCCUAAAAAGAAGAACAAACAUAUCCCCCGAGCACCCCAACCAGGGUCCCCCAACUACUGCAAACCAGACGCCCUGGCUAUGGCUACCGCAUCACCGCAAAGGCUCUUGGGAAAUGUCCUGGGUGGAGUGAUGGGGUCUGGAGGCAUAGGGGGUGACUGUCCUCUCGCUCAAGAAGAAAUUAUAGAGAUUAACAGAGAUUCCAAGCAGAAUGGUGAUGCAGCCUCGGCCGCCCUGGCUAAUGAGGACUGCCCCACCAUCGACCAGGUGCUGAGCCCCGAUGAAAGGAGCCCUAUUGGGCGAGGGCCUACCCGGGAACGCUACCAGCAGGACCGUGCCUGCUUCCUGCUCAACACCAGGGAAUUCCGUGCCACAGAUGGAAAUGUGCGGAAAGGUUGUGUCAUAUCACGCGUGUCAACAGGCUAUGAGAAAUCUCGCAGUCUCAAUAACAUAUCGGGAAUGGCUGGGUCAUCACUGCGGCUUGCUCCUAUCACUAGCCCACCCUUUGAAACCUAUGAGGCCCCAGGACCACUGCGUCGCUGUCGUUCCCCCAUCCCCUCCAUUUUGUAGCAGAAAGGAUGUUCAUUAUUGGAUGAUAAGAGAUGCAGUGGAUUAGCUAUGGACUGAUUGCACUGAAGCCUCCAUUUGGAUUGUACACCGAGCAAAAACAAUAGCAAUAACAUAAAAUGAACUUGAAUGUAGAAAGAAUGACCUCUCGUCUUGUGAAUCUAAUUGUUUAUGAUGCAUGCAUCAGGUUAGCUGAUGGGGUCAAAUACAAAUUUUAGCUUUAAAAAUACACUGUUAUUUUAAAUUGUUAGAAUAAAUGUAAAAUUAAUAUUUGGAUUGGUUAGUAAAUAAAAUAGUGUCAGAGGUUAAAAAACAUCAUGAAAACAUGUGCACAGUUACAUUUUAAAACUUAGAAUUAAGUGUGUUGAUGUAUAUCCAUUUUUAAGUAUUCUGGACCAAACAAGACUGAGCUGACAACACUGUCCAGAAAAAUGACCAUGAAACAAGAUAUUUCAGUUCAUUUAGCCAAAGACAAAAAUACAUUUAUAGAUUAUAUUGAUGGUGAAUAGGUUUCUACUUUCUGUCUUUUGUCAAUAUUGAUGUAUGUACAGUGUAGGCAUCAUUUUGGUAAUUCUUUCUCUCUCUCAAAAAAAAAAAAAAACAGACUCGGCUUCUUUAAGUCUCAGUGUUAACACUUAAUUUUAUAUCUUACCAUUGUGACAUAAUUGGACACUUUAUGUUAAUAGUUUAUACAGCAAAGCCAAGCGAUGUCAAAAGUUGCAAAAAACUAAACAAAAACCUUAGCUUAAAUGAAAAAAUAUUAAAUAAAUGAAAAGUAUUGUACCAUAAGAGCUAUCUCAACUGUGCACCCUAACAUGACUUUUAAAAAUUGUAGUUUGUUUUAUUACAUUGCUCUAAGGAUCCCAUAUAUGCAAUUACUACCUUACAGUGUACAGUUAAAGGUCUAUUCAGUCACUUUCUUUGGCAGUUACAAGCAUGUUGUCAAAUACAUUUAUAUAUAUAUAUAUAUUUAUCUUUAUCAUCUUAUAUGCAAUUAUAACAAUCAUAAUGGGCAGGAUGUGUUAGCUGGAGUUAGUUGGAAACCGUGUCAUGAAGGGGCCAUUGCAAUGUGUAAGAAGACCGAGAACGCCGGUGGGUGCAGAGUAACUAAAGCAUUCACAGUAUUCACAGUCAGCUGAUUGACAGUAAGCUGAUGUUUUUUGUCAACAUCCUUGCUUGCUUAUUGUUUGUCUUUGUGCAUUAGUUUUCUAACAAAAUAGCUAGAUAGCUGAUUGUUAGAAACAUCGAAUGGCCUAACGUCAUAAAAUGUUGGUAAUUUGGCACGUUUUAAGCAUUUGACACUGGCGGAAGUGAUAUCCUUGGUUGUUAACAUUGUUAGGUCAGCCAAGGAUCUUACGAGCAGAGCUACAUGCUCGCUAAAUGCUAACUGUGUUCUGCUUCUCGAACAGUCUUUGGUAAAGGAGCACAAUUUAGCUUUCAAUUAAUAAUUUGUGUUGGAUGAUAGUAAUCGACUGAGUGGACCUUUAAAAAACAUGCGUAUCAGGACAGUUAUGUAAUAUGAAUAUGUACUUGUAAUGUAGGCCUACAACUUUUUCAAAGAAAUCUAAAUGAAAUGUAUUUAGAAAGUUGCUUAAAAUGACUAUAAACUAAGAACAACAAAUGUACCCACAAAGUCAGAUAUGGAUGACUACAUAAUUAAUUAUAUAAUUAAAACAAAUGCACUUUACUAACAGUCAAUGUUAAUUUACUAACUGUAAAUCUUGCAUGUUGUCAUAAGACACCAUAGACUAUAUUACAACAAGUUAAUAGACUGAACAUGAGACCCCCUGUCAAACAAGGAUGUUCAGCUUUUCUGAUCUGUUUUGCUUCUUCUUCACUUUUGAUAUAUUUUUUACAUAUUUUUUCCAUCAUUCUUUGGUUUUUGGUUCAAAUGUUUGUCUAAGACUUUAAACUUUUAAAAAAAAUGCAAGAUAAAAUCACCAAAUGCAAUCUGUUGGCAAAUCUUUGAAAAAAUAUGCCAGUCGCAUACAAUAUACUCUUCGCCUCAAUAAUGGAAAAUAAGCUAUCUGUUUUACGCAAUUUAUUGCUUUUAUUUUUGUAACUUAGAUCCUCAGUUUGCCAUCCUCACAAGAAUAUCGUUUUUCCGUUUAAAAGUUGAGCAAAAAAGAUUUUAAAAAUAUUGACACAUUCACAUAUGCAAUAAAGAUGCAAUAUUAUUUUAAUGCUGGAAAACAUGCUGUGCACAUACAUAUGUAAAUAUGCAGAUCUAUUUUUAAUCUUAAAAUGCACAGACUUGGUAGGCAGUCUACUUAUUAUGUUUGGUUAAGAAGUGUACAAAAGUAUUACAAUGAGCCAUUUGUCUUGUUUUAUUUCAAGUCAAUGUGGUCUUACUGGUCCUUAAACUUUUUGAUGUUGUGACUGCCAUUUUUAAUUGUUUUCGUUUUGUAAUAGUUUUAUAUUUUCUUUAUGUGUACUGGUAAUGUGUAUUUCACUGUUAGGAAUGACUUUUCUGUACCACUGAUUGUCUAAAAUAACAUUUGUCAAAAAAGAUACAAUGUUGUAUUUAACUGUCCUUAAGUUCAUUAACAAACAGAAAUGUAGUAAGACUGAAAUCACCAGGAAAAACUGUAAGUGCUUUAGAACCAACAAUUUUUUGCAGGUGUAAAAAGGAGAGGAUUUCCAUACUCGUUUAAAAAAAUGUCAGGUCCUGAUUUUCUUACUGUCAUAAUCUUUUGUCUAAAAAUCGACGUGCUUCCAGACCCCUAAUCUUCGAGAACGUAGAUAUGCAGUAUUGGGAUUGAAGAUGAAAGCUCACUUGAAUGUUUGCUUGAUUCUGCUGUCAACUGGAGUUUGAGAGGUUUGUGAAAGUUGUCUCAUUUAGGAUAGAUCCUACCAUAUAGUCACUGCAAGAAUGCUUGCCUGGCUUCAUCUGAUACGGGUUUCUGAAGGCCAUCACACAUAUUCUCUGAUCGAAGUUGCUACUAGUCAUGCUUAUAGUCAAUAUUGUGACAUUUCACCAUUAUGAUGUCAAAAAAAAUACAAUAAUUUAGUGUUGUCUGAAGAUAUUUGAAAGAGCAUGCAGAGCUUUGUUUCUCCAGUGAAUCCAAAGACAGCAGCUCCUUAAUUUAUAAUGUCAGCUUGAACUUAGGAAAAAGGCAGGGAAACUCUGGGAUAGUACGUUUGUAACUAGCAGAAAAACGUGUGAGAACGUGUACAAUGUCACACAUUGAUUGGCCUGAGUUCAAACCUCAAAGCUAAUCUUAGUCCUCAUCAGCAAACUUGAAUAUCGGUUUGUAACUUUUGUGAGCAUCACUUCUCAGCGCACAAAACCUCAUUAAAUCUUUUAAGCGCACAUGCAUACUGUGUAAUCUUAAAAUGACUCCACAAUGUGGAUGUUACAAUUUGCAGAUACUUUGAAUUAUACUGGUGUGCCACUUUAUUUUGAAUGUACAUUUUCGGUUACAGUCAAGCAAAACGUCCAUCCGUCCUAUAUAUCUGCAGCGGAAUGUUUUUCUUUAAUGCUACACUUGAAUGACAACGGGUGUGAGGGAUAACAUAAUCUCAAACACCACCACUUUUAUUUGAACAUUUAUGAUUAUAGAGAUAGUGUAUUUACUUAUUUUCGCUUUGUACUGUAAUCAAAAUUGAUCUGAGGAAUGUCAUAACUCUGGUUCUGUUUAGUUUUAUGAGUCAUAUCACAUAGCCAAUGCAAAUCACCUAGGACACUCUGAUGUAAACAUUGUUUAAGUAAACAAAACAGGCAGAUGUUGUAAGUGCCUCUAUGAGGCCCCAGUAGGCUCUGAUGUCACUUUAGGAGUUCAUGAAAACUAGCUAGAUUUAACUAGCUAAGCAAAGCUUAAUAGGUCAGUGGUUAUUAUUGAAUAUGUACAUAUCUGUAUCUACACAUGUGAAUACAUUAAAGUCAUAUGAAAUUACUAUAUCUAUGUAUGCUUUGUGAGUGUGGGUCAGGGAGUUUCAUAAGAACAGAUUCUAACAGAAUUGAAUAAUUGAAUAUGUAUGUCAUCAGAAUGGUUUAUGGUUGUAUCCUGUAAACUGCUCAGUUCAGUGCCAAGCUAACCUAACCACACCCUUUAGUGACAGAACCUGGCUUUCUGGUUAUUAUUAUAUUAUGGUAAUUAAUUUCUUAAAUGAAUUAAGCUGUAAUGACAAAGGAAAAUUCUGAGUGUGUUCUCAGUUCUGCAUUGUUUCCUUUUACAAUAGCUGGUCCUACAUGGGGUGAAUGCACUGUAUUCUAUUAAUUAUAAAUGUACUUUAAAUGUAAAUAUUUUAAUAGUUGUUGCUAAUGUACCCUGAAAAGCAUGUCUAGUACACGUGCAGCUUUUAUAAAAAUGUUGAGACUUGCAGAGACUGCCUUACUUUUAUAUUAGAGGAGUUAGUUCUGUAGGUACAGUCGUAAGAAGGGACGAAAAAUGCUCUUUGAUCAACUUUGAAUUGCAAUGAGAAGAUUGACACCAGUUAAACAUCUUUUUUAAUAUGGUUUAUUAAAUGGUGUUGCAUUAAGAAGAUAGUUAGCCUAGCUUGUAAUGUCCACUAAUUGAGUAUCAUAUAUUUACCAUUGAAUGUAGAAAACUAAUAAAAAGCUUGGCACACUGAGGUAAAGCAGCUAUCAACCCUCUUGUAGCAAAAUUAAUUCAUCAAAGUUAAAUUUUAUUGCUGUUAGAAUAACUGUACCGCAGUGUAAACGUAUGGGGGGAUGGCGGAAUAAGAAUAAUGUGCAUUUUAUCUUAACUUUGACCUACUAUUAUCAUCAAUCAAAAAGCUGUUAUGAUCUCCAAUGUGGCUGUAUGUAACAAACGCUCCUUUGGCACUGUUUCAGGAUGUUACUGGUGGUAGAAGAAAGGCAAUGACAGAAAAGUCUGGUUUAUGUUCAAACAAACAGUGGUGUGUUCGUAUCCAAUAAUGGAUAAUAUCUUCAGACAUGUGUGCAUGUGCCCUUAAUUGUAACACAAACGCCUAUACAGAAAUUUAUAGAUCGUGAAAUAGGACUCUGUUAACUUAUUUCUGAUUUUGUGCAGACAUAUUUGGAAAAUUACAGAUUUACGCAUCUGGCACCAUCAACUAUCUUCUCUUUAGAAAAUAUGGACUGUGUCUUGAUAACAGCUUUUCUCUGGAGAAAACCGCAACUGUAAAGUGGAAAUUGACAGAGGAAGAGGGGGAAAGAAGAGCAGACGGGAAGAGCUAAUGUGGCUGCAAUAAAGGAUACUGUUUGUACUGGAUUGAUGUUUGCUGGUGAGACCACAACAGAAGUGUUUAAUCUCCCAGUAAAUAAUGUGUGAUGCCAGCACAUGUGAUACAAGAACUGUUUGCCAUAACUGUAGGCAAAAGAAUGAAAAAUGCUCAACCUACCGUUGGCAAGCAUUUUCUUGAGUUUGAACCUGUGUUUGUAUGACGCAUAGCACAAGUUGGGGGUUAAGCCUCCUGAAAUGGUAUCAGCCCAAUGUGUAAUUCCACAACUUGCUUCACCAAGUACAAAAAUUCCUCUUUAAAUGUGAAAACAUCCAUGAGUAGUAUUGAGUAUGUUCGUAUGUGGCCAUCUGUCAAUAAUGUGUUUUCCCAUGAAGUGUACAUAUCAUUCAAAUGAAAAUGUUUGCACACACGUACAUAUUCACACACUCUCUCUCACACACACACACACACACACACACACACACACACACACACACACACACACAUAUUAUUAUAUACAUAUUAGUUAAUAACUUGUCAUGAUCUCCCUUUCACCUAAUAUUGUUCACUUUGAAAUGCUUUGUACAUACGUCACUCCUGUAAAGAUAAUUGCUAUAUUUGUUGAGAUUUGGCAGAGUGGAGAGUGUGGUGCCGGUCAGUUGGCUGGCAGCUUGUUUCAUUCAGUCUAUUGUUUGUUUUUCUAAUAUUGUUGUCAGCCACCAGUUUUUAUUGUCACCAUUUCUUGAUUUUGUUGUUCAAGAAUAACUUGUGUGCCAACUUUCUGUCUGUGUGUUGGAGAUAGACUGUUUUUGUAGCUGUGAUAGAGUUGUCAUUACAGUUUAAAUUUGUGCACUUCAUUCUGACAUGCACAGUUAACCAGCAGUUUACAGGUAAUGGUAAUCCCUGAUUACUUCCCUAUUGUACAUAAUGUUAGUAACACUAUGAAACUGUGUUAUGGAAAUCCAUGUAAUUGGCAAAUUGCAAAUAUGAGAACAAUUAAAAUCUUCAAUUUAAGACCAAUAUUGGUUUAUAUUAGUCAAGCACUUCUAUAAACCAAUCUAGAUACAAAGUGCUUACUCGUAAUGUUACAAGUUAGGUUUCAAUUUCACUGAGCAUGACUUUUUUGUACAAAAUAUGUUUAUCCUCUGUGAACGUAAUAUUAAUGGGUUUCUGUUCUUGUCUUCACAGUGUUAAGUUUCUAGCAUUCGCCUUCUCUCUAAUGAGGAGUCAGUAAGCGGUUAACACAAAUUUGCGGCAGGAGCCACGUACGCGACAGGUGUGACACGGAUGGACAGUUUAAAGGAGAUCUUUGGGGUGACAAGAGAGAAAGACCAGAGGUUAAUCAUGAAUUAAAAAAAUCUUAUGGUCUGCUCCUUCACGUUGUUACCAAAGCAGCCUCUUGGAACUCCGACCACAUUUUUGACAACCGACUGACCUUUUUUUUCCCCCUUUUUUUUCGGCAAACUGACUGAGCAUUGCACAGUUUGGGAGAGAAAAGGACUCCUGAUGACACAUUCCAGAUGACACAUCUCUGACAACAACAUUAUACUCGCCAUCUUGUAUGAUGACCAACAAAGUACCAUCUGCAGUGCUGAACAACUGAGCAACUUCACAAGUUUCCGAAAAACACUUGUCUUCACAAAGGACUGAAUGAACAAUGUAGCAUCUCUGCUAACAUAUUGUAGCAUUUGUUGGCUGGGAAAUAACUUUACUCAAUCCAUUCAACAGUUUGAAGUGAGAGGAAUUUAUGCAUUCAAAGGAUCUUUUAGAUGUCAUUUUCCUCUUGGGUUUCUUACAAGUGAAGAAGAAAAUAUAUAUAUAUAUAUGUAGAAAGAGUACAUGAGAGACGAAGGAUUGGUCUUACUCAUUAAAACACUUGACAUUCCAAAAAAAGAUGCACUAAAUACAAACAGUGCAGAUGAAAAACAAUCACAAAUGCACAGUAUUUUUAAUGACACCCAUAUUAUAGUCCCUCAUUCAAGUUUAGCACUUGUAUAGCAUGUUUGCCACUGAACCUAUGUCUUCCAUUCACUUCUAUCAGACUGAAACACUGCCCUCUUACUGAGAUAAUCAAAAAAAGCACUAAUUAUGAAGUUGAACAAAUGAAGCACAUGUAGCAUCAGCUCACCGAUCGUGUAUAGCAUUUACUGUACAUUUACACUCACCUGAAACAUUCACCAUAAGAAAAUGGUGGGAAAAGACUUAUCUUUAUCUCUCAUGUACAAUGGGCUUGCCCAGAAAUCCACGUGGGAUACCAAAGGUCCUGUAGCAUGCACUUGCUGAAUGACCUUCUGUAAUGUACAGUAGAUUGGGCGAACUAUUCCAUUUAGGAUAAGGUUUUUACUCACCCUCAUACUGGCUGUUGCCUCUGUUUGGUACAAAGUUCCUCUUAAAGAGCUCAGUCCUUUAACUGCCACUAUCAUCUCAUUCCUAUAUGCACAUUUAAAUAUUACAAGUAUUUUUCCCAUGUCUGAUUGACACAGUGCUCAGUCAUGAGGAGCAAAAAGACUGACUAAAAGAGACAAAAAAAGAAAAGUUGUCAGCCUUUCUUCAAUAUCGAGGGAUAUUGGCCUGCCUAAAUUACAACGAAAACAACAUUCCUACCACAAGAACACUUUUUAUGUCGCAUAAAAACUAUCCAUUAGCUGGAAAUUCUGUGCUAUCAUUUUGAAAGGGACCAAUAAGAUAAAUGUUGCCCCUAACACAAAGGCUGACACUGCCAAUUAGGCACAAGAAUUCCCAGAUGAAUACUGCCCCAUCUCUCUCUUGUCCCUCUUGCUGCCAACGACUGCUUCACAGGCAAGUCAAUGUCAAGAUAAGGAUGGCCCAUCAGGGGAGCCUUAGGCAAAGGGGAAAAUGAGAAGAAAUGGACCAAGAGUAGAGCAAGUGUGGAAGUGUACAAAGAGAACAAAUCUAUAUUUUGAUAAACAAAUCAACUAUCCAUGGCUUCGGAGGAAGUUUAUGUGCAGAAAAGGUCCAGAAUGGAAGAAAGAAAGAAAGAAAAAAAAAAAAUCAGAUGCAAAUGUUAAUAGAAAAUUUGGCAUCAUGAAAUGAAGUCAAAGUCCUGGAAAAAGAUGGGAAGUGGAAAUUUUGUCAUGGGGGGUGGGCGAAGUUGUGUUCCCCACAAGCACCAGGAAAAUGUUUGUUUUUUUUGAAGAACAAUGAGCAAUGACAUACUCUUGCCUAUAAAGACACGGCGAUGACAAAGGAUGGACGCUGAGAUAAACAAAUGAAAAAAAAAAAAAAAAAGAUAAUGCAUUUUUGUAACUUUGUUUACCAGCAUGAAUACUUUGCAUGACUGUCUUUUCUGCAAGCCCUUAGUUGAAGACAAGGGUGCUAGAGAUACAAAAAAGUAUAUAUAAAAUGAAUUAAAAAAAUGUUAUAUGCAAUUAAUGUUUUAAAAAAGAUUAUAAUGAAAGAGAAGAGCUAUAUUUUGUUUUGAAAAGUAAAAAAAUGUGAAUAUUGAAACAUGUAUGUUUGCAAAGUACACCCUGAACUAUGUUUUGUUUGAUGAAAUCUCUCUGCUACUACUGCCCUACAUUCCUCAUUCCAGUGUUUUCAACCUCUGUCAUAGUUUUACUUUGCUAUGCAUUGAGCAGUAUAUUUUCUAACCAUUCAAUCCACAGCGACCAUUCAAAACUUUGCCAAACUAUAGCAUUUGAGCAAAGGAUGUUGUUAAAAAUCUAUGUUUUCCUCAUUUAAUCACUUGCACAACUACCGUAGCAGCAGCAACAACAGCAGCAACAAUUCUAAAACUACAGCUCUCCAUAUCACAACUUUGACUGCUUGAUUAGUACUCAUAGUUUGCUUUUUUUCUUUGGCAAUAAUACAAGAGUUGUCACAUGAUUGUAGCAGGGCAAACGGAGAAUCUCGAGAGUAUCAGUAACGCCUCAGUGUUAAAGAGAUUCGUAAUGGCCUUGGAUGUCCCGUGGCAGGAUUUUUCUGGGAUAGGCAGUUCUGUUCCACUAGUCCUAAAUAGAAAUAUGGGAGUACAAGUGCAGGUUAUCCAAUAAAGACCAAUAACAGACUAUGAAAUAUACUAUAUAGGCGAACAAUCAAGAGAGAUUUCAGGUUUGCAUGGAACCAACUGCCAUUCCAAAGUUUGUGUGUGGUUUAAAGGACUCAGGUGUGUUGAUGGUGUGUGUGGAUGUAGGUGUUUUGCUAUCUUCUUUCUAACAUAAUAAAUUCUAGUAUAUAGACAACGAUAAUGUGAACACCUCACAGUGACGUGUAAAAAACGCAUGCAUUAUGACUUGAUAAUCUCUCGAGGGGGAACAGAGUCUUGACAUAUCCCCUUAGCCUCCUAUCAUUGUUUGUCAUGAAUCCAGUCUUGAUAACUAUGAACACUGUGCCGUGUCGUAGAGCAGAAACGUCUUCCUCCGAGAGGCAACUGAAAACUACUCACACUCACAGUGUCAGCAUGAGUGUGUAGAGGUAGCUCGUCUUCGUUUUUUAGAUGGUCAGGUCUUUGCAUCCGUCAUUACCCAUGGAGUUGCCGUCAUCCAGCUGGCUAGUUGGCAGCUCAUUACAGCACACAACACAGUCAUGUGAGCACCAAUCAAAGAGACCCAGAGCUUCCAAAAUGAUGUCAGUGAAGUACUUUAUGUGUUGUGAGAAAGAGAGGAUGAGAAUUACCAGUGUCCACAGGGGGGAUUGACAUAAAACAAUAGUCUUGCUAAAAAAAGCAUCUCAUUGUUGAGUGCUCUCCAAGCACCUCAACCUUGGUUUGGUAUUCAAAGUGAGUUUCAGGCCCUGCUGGUCCAGGGCUCAGCUCAGGCAGCUGAAUGGUCCUCUGUCCAUUCCUAGUACAUUGCCGUUGGAUGUUCACCAGAAUAUGAGACUCAAUUGUGUGAUGUAGACUACAUAGACUAUUCAAGGUUUUACAGGUUUUGGAACUUCUGUCUAUUUGCAAAAAUGGUCCAUGGGAUUUUGUUUUGGUCCUGUAUCUUUUUAAAACUCCCGAUUUCAGUUUCCAUUUUGGAAGGCAUUAAGCAACUAUGGCUUUGAUGGUCACAAAGAUGUUUAUGAAUAUUUCAGAGGUAAACUUCUAGCAAUGGUGUGCACACUUGCAAAAACUAUGUGCUUCACCCAGCUGUCUGUGUUUUCAUGGCCAAGUGCUGUCUUUUUUUCUCUCCUUAUUUUUCACUGUUACAUUUACCAUUUCUUCAUUCUCUACAUUGUGACUGCUCUGCCAAUACCGGGCUGAAAAAGAUGUCUUUCCUUUUCUAUUGCAUAAUACUGCCAUUUGAUUUAGUCAUGUUGAACAGAAUGAGUUACAAUGUUGAGAGUGCUAAGUCUGUUUUAUUUUCUCAAGUUUUCAAUCUGUUAACAAAAUGUUAAAGAUUUCCUGUGUUACACUCACAUAACCAAAAUAACAGAAAUGCUUUACGUGGUAAGUCGGUGCCACUGUUUCACUAACAGCUAACUGUGUCGUGACAAUAUUAUGACAUGUCCUCUCCAGGUGUUUGGAAGGUGUUAUGUUAUCCUCUAUGAUAUCCAUUUAAUUUCUUUAUGUGCCUGUUUCUAAUAUGUUUUCUGUUUUUUUAAUUGAGGACAUUGUAUGCAAUCUGCACCACAAAUGCCACUGAUCGACACUUACUGUAUGCUCCCUGAGACACAGAUGUUCUGUCAUCAGUUCAGAUGAUUGCAACCACAUGUGUAGUGGCUUUAUGGCUUUCCAUAGAGUGAAUUAGCAAUCACACAAAUCUAAAAAUAUUUUAUUUUACAAAGUUUUAAGACCAGAGUUGUUUAGAGGAAAUGUUAUCAUACUGAAUAGAUUUUUCUUAUAUAUUUAAUAUCUUAUUUUAAUUAGAAAUUAUGUAACACCACAAAAGUCAUAUCCAUAUAUAUACAUCUAAUAUUACAGACUAACACCAUGCAUUUACGUAAGCAUUCCAAAGAUAAAAGAUGUGUGUUCAUUUUACCAUCAAAUUGUAUAAAACAGACUUAGGUACUAGUCCAUUGUACUACGGUCUUAGUAGGAGAGUGAAUGGGGGGAGGAGGUGGUCACUGGAGUAUCUGGUUGUGACUUAUGCCGGAUUUUAUUUUUGAAAUGUUGGAACACAAAGAACAACUCAUCAAGAACUGUAUAAAGUAUAUUUCAAUGGAAUGUUCAUGAUCUAUCUUUUUAUAUUUUGAAGAAAAAAUAGAAACAUAUCAAUAAAGUGUCAUAAUUGAACAUAUUUCUACUAUUGAGACUUAAAAUGUAUGAAUGUCAAUGCGACCUAAUGUGAACCAAUCUCCAUAGCAGCUUGAAUGAACAACAGUCAUGAGAUGCUUUUUCAGAGAUAUUAAAAUUGCUUAAAAUCAUUGAAACGAACUUAAAAUAAAUGAAAAAGUGACAUCAA